UUCACAACUGUGAAGUGAUCCAAUGUGAUAUUUAUGGGGCCGAAAAUCCCAGCCAGCACACCUGUCCAGGGCUCAAAACAAAGGUACGAACAGAUCUUAAGGAAAGAUUAUUUUUCCAAUAAUAUCUUAACGUAUUUUUGUCGUUGUUGUCGUGUUUGAAAGCCUUUUGAAUAUUUUUUGGAAAAUGCAUAAAUUGGUUCUGAUACAUUGCUUUUAUUGUGCUGCAACGUGUUGAGCUUCACAAAUAUAUCGAAGCACUAAACUGAUAGGUCACCUGGGAUGUUAAACACUCAUUAUUAGUAACCUAACAUUGCGCCUAACCCAGCAUGCUGCUCUGUUUGCUGCAAUGUAGGCUGACAGAAGAUCUAUUUUGUUCUCUGCCCUGAAAGCCUCACCAUUAUGUGAAGAUCCCAUAAAGAGGCAUCUGAUUGAAUCACAUGUUGUUACCAAGGAGAUGAGUGGGACUGGCUUGGAUGCUGUAGGUUGUAUGACUACAUGGUCAGUUAUGUUUACUAUUGUAAGGAGCAACAGGGUAGAUUAGGAAGAUUUAUUAAAGAAUUAGAUUUUAACCCAUGAGAUUAUCACUCAGGUAGCACUUCAUUUAAAGGGAUAUGAUCAUAUCUAAUAUUCAUCUAAGCUCAAAAUAGAACCGUAUGGUGACUUAAUUCUUAAAUAUGAUUUUAUACCACCAUGUGAGCAAUAAAACACCUCUAACAGAAUCGUGUAGCUCACAUUCACAACAAAAAGGGGGGUGAAACGGAUGGGAGGGGGUCGGUGACAAGCGCCAGCGAGUGGGGGGAGAUUUUAGUGCAGGUGUCCCUGAUUUUCAUUUUUUCUGACACCUCGCAGACAAGACCCGACCGUAAGUAGCCUAAAACUGUUGACGAGGACCCAAAGCUGAUAAAACACUAAUAAAUGUCUGGUCUGCCAUGAAAUCCUGAAAAGAGCAGGGAAGGAGAGAUAGGCUCGUCUGGAUGAGAGACCCCCGCUGGGUGAAGACACGCAGCGUAUGUGAGCUGAGCCGUGAAAGCUCGCUGCUGCUGCUGCUGCUGCUGCUGCCAUUGACUGGAGACUGGCUGAGGCUGAAAUGAGAGAGAAAACGACGGGAAGCGAGAACGGGAGGAGAGGGAGCAUCAACCUCAAGAAAAAGACAUCGCUUCACUGAUCAUUUCGAGGUAUUAUACGUCGUUUACAGAUUAGCAUUUCGGAGUGUUUGCCGACGUCUGGACAUUGUCACUCGACGAAGACGAUGGUGAUGAUGGUGAUGAUGAAGGCUUGAAUGAUGGCAGCCACUGUCGCCAGACCAAUUCCGUUUUUCACACUGCAGAUGUGGGCUGUGGGAAUAAUAAGGCCUCUACCGAUGUAUGAAGGGAUUAAUCACUGGUCACGAUGAAUAAAGAAACAGUCAUGGUCACCUUGGUUGUGACAGGUUCCCCCCUGGAUGAGUCUCCUGGGCUGUUUUCACGUGCAGUGAGUGGUGGUCUGUGUUAGGUGAGGCUGCAUUUAUGGAUGAUGUAAGAUUCAUGGAGAAAUUUGCAGCUGAAUCCCACUGAGAAACCUAUAGCAGCUUAAGUGAACAAAAGCUGCUUUUCUCUCCCUUUGUUGGAUUAACCUGAAUAAAGUCAACACCUUUGCUGGAAGUAAGACCACACAUGCACCAUUAUCGGACAAACAAUGACAAGCUCUCAGGCACACGGUAUGGGUAGAAAUUUCACUGAGAUACCCUGGGAGCCUGGUUUCCCCAGCUCCAUUCGAGACCCAGCCUGGUCCUCGACUGUGAACAGUGUGGUGAAGGUGUUGCUCAUAUCACUCAUUGUGUGUGUGUCUCUGUUUGGAAACGUCGUGGUCUUACUGGUGUUCCAGAGGAAGCCGCAGCUUCUUCAUGUGGCCAACCGCUUCGUCCUUAACCUCCUUCUGGCUGACCUCCUUCAGACUGUGUUAGUCAUGCCCUUUGCCAUUGCAGCCACCAUGCCAGGCGUGUGGCCCCUGGAUGCACGAUUGUGCCAGGCCCUUGUGGUGCUCAUGCACCUUUUUGCAUUUGCAGGAGUCAACACCAUCAUUGUCGUUUCAGUGGAUCGCUACCUAGCCAUUAUCCACCCGCUGUCCUAUCCCACCCGAAUGACCCCUCACCUGGGCACUAACCUGAUCAUCUGCACCUGGGUGUUCAGCUUCUUGCAGAGCACACCGCCCCUUUAUGGUUGGGGGGCCAUCGACUUUGACCAUCACCACAAAGUGUGCUCAGUGGUGUGGUCCUCCAGCCUGUCCUACUCUGCAGUUGUGUCCACCUUCUCCUUCUGGCUACCAGUGCUCAUCAUGCUUGGAUGUUACUGGAUGGUGUUCAGGGCGGCACGGAGGCAAAAUGCACUUGUACACCCCAUACAGAAACAAUCCUACUCCCAGCCUUGCCCGCAGGACUUCCAGACUCCUAGCAGUCCUCAGCGGCAGCCUCAACCCCAACCCCAGCCUCAAGUCCAGCCGCAACAAGCCAGUUCACCAGAUGGACCUUACCCAGCCAGGGGGUACCCUGUCCGAGGCAGACAUAGACGAUUCCACUACCACUGCAAGGCAGCUCGGGUAGUUUUUGUCAUCAUGGCGUCAUAUAUUCUCAGCAUGGGGCCUUACAGCAUACUGAACACCAUUUCAAUGAGUGCCAGAGCAGCCGUGCCCCCCUGGCUGUCCUCCCUUGCCCUUGUGCUCUUCUUCUUGCAAUGCUGCCUCCACCCCUACAUCUACGGCUACAUGCAUCGCAGCGUGAGGAAAGAAUUCCUGGCUUUGCUCUGUGGGCUGUUCUGCAAACAGGGCCGUCCCAGACAGAGUUCUGCUGUGGAGAGCUGCUUCACAACAACAGAGGGACGUUUACGAGCCAACUCUCACCUGCCCAACCUGACUGCACGAGUGCUACCUCUGCGAACUUGGGAGGAGUGCACAACCUCUUCCUCUCCCACUUGCGAAAGGAAGUCGAGAGACAGUCGCAAAGAGACAAUCUCUACCAGCAUCAGCUCUGAGAGGGAGCUCACAGUCCACAGCAAACAAAGCACCUAGACCACCUUGAGGAUUCAUCUGAUAGUGCCCAUUUUCUCUUACUUGAAGAUCUUGUCAUGAUAGCCUUCUUGCAGCAGGGUUUUUAAUUCAAGGCUCUCUGCCAUGGGAAAUGUGGAUUUUUUUUUUACUGGGAUAUCACCAACAUCAUCUGUACUAUUUCAACAUGAGUUUGAGGAAAUAAAUCAGAUCAACUCAUAUGAUCUCUUUUAAGGAAAUGUGGUCUUUUAGUUGUUAAAUUUUGAAUGUAUAAUAAUAUCCUAGGUGUAUUUUCACUAGAUCACAUUUUUACAUGAGAUUUUGAGAUAUGUUAAUGCUGCUUUUAGUUGUGUCAGAAAUGCAGUAUGUGUGCAGCUGCUUUGUCUCUGCAAACUCGUCACUACUUUAAAUGUAUGCCUUUAAUUUUGGAGCACUUGUUAUAUACAGUGGGCAUUUAUAUUAAUGUGGACUUGAGGUUAGAGCUAAAGUAAAUAUACACAGCACAUUUACAUCAUUCAGGUCUGCUGUGAGGUUAAGUGUCUGGUAUUCCUUUUUUUUCAAUUUCAGGCCAUAGGGGCCCUGAUAAAGUAUAGACCUGUAGUAUCUGCACAACUACUCUGUCUCCUUUGAAUUUUGGGGGUUGUACUAUCUACUGAAACUAUGAUUCAGUAUCUGUGGCACAGGAUGUACUAGUGUCUUUGUGUUAGUUUGCCUGCAACUAAUGAACUCAGGGUAUGCUUGGGGAUGAAUUUGUAGAGCCCAUCACUGUUCUGCCUUUUGGACGAGUGGAAAUGUAUAUUUGUGUCUCUGUCAAAGUAACGGCCUUUAACUCAGACAAGUUACAUAUUGUACUUGCAAGGUGCAGAACACACAAACAAACACAUUUUCCAGGUCUCUUUAGUUUAUUUCACCCCCAUACGUGGUGCAUCUUUCAUGUGCUGCUGUGUAUUUUGGACUUGGUAUUCGCUGCAGUUGUGAUGUCAGCCUUCCUCUGAUGAAGCACAGCAUUUCUAUUGAAAAGAUAAAGAGCAUCGAGAGCGUGGUAUAACAAAAAUUGUGCUGCAGUGACUCAAUUUACUUUUUUUUUGUAGGCUGCAUGCCACAAGCUCUUAUGUAACAGGUGUCUGGGUGCAUGUAUAUUUGUAAAGAUUUCUCCUAAUACAGUAUUAGUAAUAGAGCAACCUGUCUGUUUAGAGCCAUGUCGAGGGUGGGUUCUUAUGUAAGUGAUGUAUGCUUGCAUUGACUCAUCUCAGAGGAAGGCAUUGGGUUUAUUGAGUAGAUGUGUUGCCAAAAGAUGUCAAGUGCAUCACUACAUUGUGUGCAGUAUUCCUGAAGUGUUUGUAGACCUCACUUUGUCAUGUUUUUGCAGCAUUGCUGCCAGUGUUAUCAUUUUUAAUACUCUCGUCAGGUUGUGAGUUAUUUUCUGGGAAACACUUAACAGAACCUGCCAGACUGGCAUCUAUUUUAGCCUUGGUUUAUUCAGUGGUUCCCUAAGAUAUCCAUUCUACAGUGAUAUAAAUGACAAUCAAACUUGAAUGAGUCUGUUUAAGAGAUGUACCAUCAAAUCAGAGAAAAUAAUGUUUUUAAGUGCUUUGAAAUUAUACACGUGAUUUUUUUGUGAUUUUUGUAUUGUUUCUGGUUUCAUUAAGAAAAAAAUUAAAGAUAUCUGUUGUUUAGUAAAAGUGGAUCAAUUGUAGAGUGUAAAGUUUUACCUUUGACUUAACACUUAAUGCUUGUUCCCCAUGUAGCAUGUCAGGGUUCUCCCUUGCCCUUGUGACCCCAGACUUGUUGCUCUAGGUUUUGAUAAGCAGGAUCUAUAAUCAAACUAAACUACAGGAAGUAAUCCGAUCUUUUAUUUUAUAUCGAGCAAAGUGUGGGAGAAAGAAACUGUGAAAAUCAAAAUGUUUAAAAGAAUAAUCCUUUGAAUGAGAGCUAACUUGAGGUAUGUAAUAAAAAUUAAAACCACUUAGAUAUAUUAACUAGAGCCAAAGGUUCUUAAAGGAUUUUUACGUAUUUGUAAUAAAUUUUAAUCCUUCAAAAGCUUGUUCUAUAAACAGUUGGAGACAGGAAAAAUGGGUGCUGUCUGAUCUGCUCUGAUGUAAAUUGCUCAUUGAACCCCUGUUUGUUUAAAACAUUAAUGAAACUGUGAAAAAGGGGAAAAAGAUCUGAAAAAUCUGAAAGUUGUUAUUACUACCACAAAAAUCCUUGCUCCUCUGCACAUGCCACUUUAUUCAGUUAUAUUUGUUUUUGCAAAAUCUUGCCUACAGUUCAAAAAUAAUAAAAAAAAACAUUAAAUGAGAGAAAGUUUACACAUAAGAGAGGAGUUUUUUUUUUGCCAAGUUGUACUAGUUGUAUUCAAAUAAUAAUGAAAAGAACAAUGAAAAACUGAUUUUUAAGAUAUUUGUAAGGUGCAAACUAGUCUCUGUUUUCCCUUCCAGGUGACAGUGUAAAACAUUGUUUUGUAGUUAUCAAUCAGGCUAACAAUAAAUAAAAUAUAAAAGGCACUAAAAAAGAUAAAAAUCAACACACACAAAUUCAACAGCAGUGGGGACUUCAAAGUUUCUAAGUGACAUUUUCUGUUGGCAGGGAGGAUGUAUUUACCACCAGACAGGUGCGACUCUGUGAAAAGCAAAUGGGUCAGAUCAGAGAGGUUUCUUUUUUAAGCCCUUACCUUGAACAGAAAGCCAUUCAGGGUUGAGCCAGCUGUUUCUCCACACACCUUCACAAUGCUCUUCUGUCUGUUUUGAUUAAUAAUGCUGAGAAACUGGUGAUAGAAAUGAAAGCGAAUAUUAAAGCAGAUUCAAAAAUACAAGAGUGAAAUAUCAGUGAUAAUGAUUGUCAACAACAAAAAAAUUAAGCCUCUUUUUAAAAAAAAAGUACACUCACACUUACUGGUGGACUAUUUUACAGGCAGCUUCAAGUUGUUUCCCGUGAUGUUGCUCAGAUAUUUGUUGAGCUGCUCAGCCUCAAACACUCUGUUGAUCACAGCAGGAAAGACGACUGCACGACUUUUCCUGAAAUCUACUUCCUAGUAAUCUUGAUUCCCAGAAAGGAUGCACCAGUGAGUCUCAGAAUUCAAUAAGUUAUUUAGUACCCCUCAAUAAUUUCUAUGUAGUUGUCAUACAUUAUUUGAACAUGACAUUCAGGCGUUGGUUCUUGUUGUAAUUUGUGGCUUUCAGUGUGGAUGUCCAGCAGAUGUCACACUUCAGCAGCAGUCUCUCAGACCAAAACAGACCAUUACUUUAGCUGGUCCACCUCUGUACUCAGUGGCUGGGGCAGGUGUUGAAGGGGUUUGGGAUACGUCAAUCCACUUGAGUACAUUUAUUCUUUAAAAUAUUCCAACUAUGAGCCAGAUUCAAACUGCACUGUAUAGUUAGAGAACGAUGACAUUGACAUCAUUCAGACAUUUGUUCUGGAGCGUGCAGAGUUGUAAUGUAGUAAUUAAAAGACAACCGACAAGAACAGCGACAGAGCAGGGCUGUGCAUCUGACCCCAUCCGUAUUCUUGUCUCUGCUCCAGUCUGAGCUCUGAGGAGUGGAUCUUUGGCUACAAACUGCCUCUCUGAGUAGGCAGGAUCAGCAAACCAACAGGUACACACCUUGGAAUGUGGAGUGGUUCCAUUCCUGCAAAGAUAAAUCUAAGAAUAACAAACCUAGAACCCACAAUAUGUCUGGGUGUACUUUGUU